GAGAGAGAGAGAGAGAGGGAGGGAGACAGGGAGCAAAUGUGCACGGCGGCGGCGAGGGAGGGAGGACAGCGCAAAUAGGUGCACAUCAUCAUCAUCAUCGGCGGCGGCGGAGCAUCUUCCUCUUCCUCAUCUCCACCGCGAACGAGUGACAUUCUCGCCCCCCGAUACGCGGCGGAAGAGUCCUCCAGCCCUCCUCCGCUCGUCCAUCCACCAGCUCCCGGCGGCGGACACUUUCUUUCCAACCCCCUCCCCUCGUCCUCUCUCCGGACUGGGUUUAUUCUUAGCUCGGCUGCAGGAGACAGUUGUUGCCACCCCCACCCCCCAGUCCCCCCACCCCGGCCCCCUCCCCACCCCCUUCCGUCGCCCUGCGUCCACCCGGCCCUUGGGCUUAUUUCUCCCACUUUGUUGAAUAUUUCAUGGGGAAAAUGGCGAUGGGAGCCCCGUCGUACGGCGCGCUGUGCCUCCUGUGCAUCCAAACUGUACUUCUCGUGUGCGUGUCCACGCCGACCGCCGGGACGCACCACUUCCCGCAGCACUACACAAUGAUUCACUGGGCUGCACGCAUCGAGAAGGAGCUGGAAAAAGUUCUUCAGCAUGUCACCGGGACUCAGCAAAUGAAAUCGAUUUACAAUGAGAAGAGGAGCCAGUUUGAAAUCAAGAGGAACAACCCCAAGGACCUUGUGGAGAGAGUGGCCCGGGACAUUUCCAAGCUGCUAAACAGUAAGAGGAAAUCCCUGGAGAAACUGGCCAAGGAGGCAGAGCAGCUUCAGAAGGAUCACGAGUGGCAAGACGGAGUGACGGAGAAUGCCAUUUCAUACUACGAUUCCAAAGCGGAUUCAGACUAUACAGAGGACGGAGAAGAGGAAAAUCCGCUGGAGAGCUCGUCUUCUCUGGAGCUGGAGUUUGUGGACGAUCCCAAUUUCAAAAACAAGGUCAACUACUCAUCCAGCGCCGUGCAGAUUCCGACCGACAUCUACAAAGGCUCUCCGGUCAUCUUGAACGAGUUGAACUGGACGCAGGCGCUGGAGCGUGUCUUCAUCGAGAACCGCCGUGAAGACAGCUCCCUCCGCUGGCAGGUGUUUGGCAGCGCCACGGGUGUGACACGCUACUACCCAGCCACUCCAUGGAGAGCGCCCAACAAGAUUGACCUCUACGACGUCCGCCGCAGGCCGUGGUACAUUCAAGGCGCGUCCUCUCCAAAGGACAUGGUCAUCAUCGUGGAUGUGAGUGGGAGUGUCAGCGGUCUCACUCUCAAGCUGAUGAAGACCUCCGUCAUCAAGAUGCUGGACACGCUCUCGGAUGACGAUUACGUGAACGUAGCCAGAUUUAACGAUGAGGCCGACGCCGUGGUGCCCUGCUUCAGGACUUUGGUCCAAGCCAACGUGCGCAACAAGAAGAUUUUCAAGAAGGCCGUCAUGCACAUGCAAGCCAAAGGAACCACCGACUACAAGUCCGGCUUCACGUUUGCCUUCGAGCAGCUUCUCAAUGAGAGCAGCGCUCCGAGGGCUAACUGCAAUAAGAUGAUCAUGAUGUUCACAGACGGCGGUGAGGAUCGGGCGCAGGAUAUCUUCGAGAAGUACAACUGGCCCAACAAAACGGUGCGUGUGUUCACCUUUUCUGUGGGUCAGCAUAAUUAUGACGUCACCCCGCUGCAGUGGAUCGCUUGUGCCAACAAAGGUUACUACUUUGAAAUCCCAUCGAUCGGAGCCAUCCGAAUCAACACCCAGGAGUACUUGGAUGUCCUGGGACGUCCCAUGGUGCUGGCCGGCUCCAAAGCCAAACAGGUGCAGUGGACCAACGUCUACCAGGAUGCUUUGGGGUUGGGCCUAGUCAUCACGGGGACCAUGCCGGUCUUCAACCUCACUGCUGAUAGUGCAAGCGCGCAGAACCAGCUCAUCCUUGGAGUCAUGGGCGUGGAUAUCGCCAUCAACGAGAUCAAAAAGAAGACGCCCACGUACAGACUCGGCGCCAACGGUUACACCUUUGCGACCGAUCCAAACGGUUACGUGCUGCUCCACCCCAACCUGCGACCUAAGAUCAUCAACUUCAGGGAGCCUGUCACGCUGGACUUUCUCGACGCAGAACUGGAGGACAGCAACAAGGAGGAAAUCCGAAGACAAAUGAUUGAUGGCAAAUCUGGGCAGCGGAAAAUCAAGACGCUCAUUAAGUCAGUUGAUGAGAGGUACAUCGACGAGGCCGUGCGAACGUACACGUGGACGCCGGUGGAGGGCACAGACUACAGUCUAGGGUUGGUACUGCCCACAUAUAGCGAGAGCCACAUCAAAGCCAACCUUAGCGACCAGAUCCUGCAGGUGCAGUUGUCAUACAUCCAGGAUUUUGAGUCACUGCUGCCAAACAGUUUUGAGUCUGAAGGACAUAUAUUCAUUGCUCCCAGGGAAUACUGCAACGAUCUGGAGCUGUCAAGAAACAACACGGAAUUCCUGCUCAACUUCAUUGCCCUCAUGGAGAAAGUGACCCCUGACUCCAAACAAUGUGACAAUUUGCUCCUUCACAACCUGAUUUUGGACACGGGCAUCAUCAGGCAGCUGGUGGACAAAGUGUGGAAGAACAAAGACUUGAAUACGUACGGCUUUUUGGCUGUAUUUGCUACCACAGACGGAGGAAUCACAAGAGUGUUUCCCAACAAGGCUGCGGAAAGCUGGGAGGAAGACCCCGAGCCGUUUAACGCCAGCUAUUACCGCCGCAGUCUCGACAACAAGGGCUACAUCUUCAGAGCGCCUUAUCGGACAGCCAGAGACGAGCUGCUCAACCCGGAGAAUGACACCAUAGGGAUCCUGGUCAGCACGGCGGUAGAAAUCACUGUCGGAGGGAAGACUAUCAAACCGGCAGUCGUCGGCGUCAAGCUGGAUCUCGAAGCCUGGGUGGAUAAGUUCAAGAUUCUUGCCAGUAACCACACAGACAACCGCCAAGGCCCCAACACGUGUGGACCAAACAGGGUCUGCGAGAUGGACUGUGAAGCCAACAACGACGACCUCCUGUGUUACUUAGUCGACGACGGCGGCUUCCUGAUCAUGUCCAACCAGAAGGAUGACUGGAACAAGGUGGGCAUGUUCUUCAGCGACGUGGACCCCUACCUGAUGUACGCGCUCUACAACAACUCCUUUUACAACCGCAAGCAGUCGUUCGACUACCAGUCGGUGUGCGAGCGCAUGCCCAACAGCGAGGCUGGAGCAGCACGGAGAGGAGUCUUUGUGCCCACGAUUGCAGAUUUUGUUAACCUGGCUUGGUGGACGUCUGCUGCUGCAUGGUCAUUGUUCCAGCAGUUCAUGUAUGGACUGGCUUAUCACAGCUGGUUUGUCACAGAUAAGGUGGAGGCCGAAGGACUGGACUCCAAGGAUCGGAGCUGUGUCAUGAUCCAGACUCAGUACUACCUGAGCAACCUGAGCAGCUCCUUCAACAUGCUGCAGGACUGUGGCAACUGCUCCAGGCUGAUCCACGCCAAGAGGAUAAACAACACCAACCUGUUGUUCGUGGUGGCCGAGAAGAUGCCCUGCAACAGCUGCAAGAUCGAAACGCUGUCCCAGGAGGAGGAGGAGUUCAUGGAGGAGAACCCGUGCGAGGAAAUGACAGUGGCGCGCUACAGAAAAGGGCCCUCCACCUGUUUUGACAACAACAACGCGGAGAACACGUCGGACUGUGGACGGGGCCACUCCUUCCGUCCGUCCCGCGUGGCUUUGCUGCUGAUUCAACUGCUCGUGCUUUACCCUGUCGUCAGCCCUCACGCUCACUCUCUACUACAUUAAUUUCAUCUGUCCCACACACACACACACACGCACACACACACCUUAUAGCUGUCCUGUGUUUCUCAUAUAUCCCCCCCCCCCCCCCCACCCACCUCACCACCUCAACCUAAAGUAGUCUUAUAGGCAAUGAUGGGCAAUGAUGAGAAGCCCUGAGUGCCGCCGUCUAGCCAGCUUCACUUGUGCCCUCAGCCAAGGUCACCGCAUUAACCACACAAGGAGAGACCCCCACGCCCACCCACCAAUCCCCAAAAAAAGAACUCUUUAGACGACGUGUCUCGUGUCAUUAGAAUUACCAACUUUUUAUUUUCAUUUUGUUCACCAACAACAAAAUAUUGACUAUAUGUUUAAUUUAUGCACUACUACAUCUACUUGCCAAAAUGAGAUACUUUCAUGUGGUCUUAUUUUUCUAGCCAAAAAGACAGCAACAAUGGCUUCAUGAGAGGGAUUUAAAAAAAAAAAAACUGUGUUAUUGUCAUAACGUGCUCAUAUUCGCUACACUAAGGCUCACGCUCUAAUAACACAGCUGUGACAUUUCAAUUAUUAUUAGUGAGCGGUAUGGUGUGGUGUUAUAUAUUAUCAACAAAAUAAAAAGAACCUCUCUGACCUCCAUUUAUACCAACAUCACCUCUGCCAGUCCUCACGGGGCUGUGAAGGAGGACAAGAAAAAAAAAGCUCGAUGUUGCAAGGAUCAAAUCGGAAUGCGACAAGAAAAACAUUAGUAUCACGAGGGAAAAAAAUGGAAUAUUACAAGAGUUAAGUCAUAAUGUUACGGGCAAAAAAAGUCAAAAUAUUAUGAGGGGAAAUGAUGGCAUUUUACAAGAAAAAAAUGUUACAAGAACUGAGUCCUAAUUUUGAACUGGUCGCCAGCCCAUCAUAUUACAAAAGUAAAUCUGGGAUAUUGCAAGAAAAAAAAAGAUUAUUUUACAGCAAUUAAGUGAGAAUAUUGCAAUUUUCUGAGAAAAAAAGUUGUAAUGUUCAAAGGAAAAUAAUGAUAAAAAGAGAAAAGAUAUGGGGUUAAAGUCAUAAUACCAUGAGUGGAAAAGAAUGUGAUUUUACAAAAAUAAAGUCAGAAUAUUACAGGAAAAAGUUAUUUUGAUUGAUUUUACAAAAAGUAGAAAUAUUACGACAGAAAAAAAGUUCUAAUUCUGUGAUACUGUGAGAACAAUGUCGUAUAUUAUAUGAUGAUAAAUCCGGAAUGUGACAAGAUUAAAGUCGGAAUUUUACAGGAAUAAAGUCAUGUUAUGAGAAAAAAGGUUAUAAUACUACAAAAAACAAUUUAGUGUUACAGGAAUCAAGCGUAAUCUUAAAACAAUUAAGUGACACUAUUACAAACCUGUUAGUGUGAGAAUUUUCAAGGAUCUGGUCAAGUUACGAAAUUUGACACUCACUUGUUACAAAUAUAACUUUUUUUCUUGCAAAAAAAAAAAAUAAAAUCCUACUUUCUUCUCAUAAUAUUCUACGACGAGUCUCGUAAUUUUACAUUUGUUUUCCAUUUCGGUAUUCCACAGAAUUCUUGGCUUCUCGUAGCUAAAGUGCAUAAAGCGUCGCGUGUUCGCCAUCGGUUCUGUCAUUCACUGCCAGGGCGGUCCAGGCCUUAUCAUGCUGUCCCCAAAAUGGCCACCAAAUACGGCCGCCGCGCGCAUUAAGUAGUCAGCGCCCGUCACGUGAUCAUCCUUUUAGACUGUUUAGGAGCCGCUCCGUUUCAUAAUUAGUGCCUUGAUGCACUUUGUGGUGGACGAGCAUAGCGACUGUAUAGUGUAGUUGUUGUUUAUUUGAAAUAAAGCGGCCAUCUUGGAGCGGGAUCAGCUUUAGGUAGAACUGCCGUCACAUGACUACAAAGCAACACGUGGAGGUAUGAUCAGCAGGCUGUCAGCACACACUUCAACUGGAUUUACGCUGCAGGUCCAAGUGCUCAAUUCUCAUUAAAUGCCUAUAUGGAUCCAGUUUUCGUCACUAUUUCCAUGUACAGCAUCCAAUAUGGUUGUGAGGGAACACAUGAAACAACCCGCAUACGCGGAUGACCAAAUUAAUCAAUAACACAUAACUCGUAAAAAUAGAGGGUUUAGUUGGCUCUUUCCCACAUUGGUUUAAAUGAGGGUAAUCUUCACAUAACACCAUUGGCCUUUUUUUUUUUUUUUUUUUUUUUUUUUUUUUUUAAAUAGUGAACAUGUCUCUAAUGUAGCAUAUUUAGACAAUAUUGAAUUGUCUAUGCUUUGGCUGAAGUUUAAAUUAAUAGCUGGUGGGGUUUUUUUGUUUUUUAAAUGAGUUUAUUUGUGUAAAACAUCACAGAUAGACAGUGGACCCCCACCUUUCGCAGGGGAUAUGGACCAGCCCGGUCCGCGAAUUGCGAAAAUCAGUGCAUAAUGAUGAUAAUGAUGCUCAUUAUAAAUUGCACUGGUGGGGGGGAUAUAAUAUAUAUAUAUAUAUAGAGAGAGAGAUAGAGAGAGAGAGAGUGAGAGAAUAUAUAGCGUUUUAGGGACUGGGAUCCACCCCAAAAAAAAAAAUAAUUGGAAAAAAAAUCCGCAAAUAGGUGAAUCCGCGGGUGCCAUACUGCAAAUAUGCUGGGGUCCUCUGUUAGGGAUAUUGGGUUUUUGAGUGAAAUUUCAGUAUAAACCUAAAAUGCACUAGAACCCCUACGGGUGAACUUAAUUUGACCUUCCCUAAACUUUUGAAUGUCCAACUGUUCAAUGCUUCAGUAGUUUUUACGCAACUUGCUGUUCUAUAACAAGGAGCUGAAUGGCAACAUUUCCAAAAGUUGUUUGAUCCACAGAGCAACAAAUUCAAUUUCACAUUCUACUUCAACUAGAAUUGGUAUUUGUUUCGGUAUUGGUUGCAACAGCGAUACAGAUACAAAAGACUCACGGAAAUGUACGUGGAUGUCCUUGGAAAUGGAAAAAAAAAAAUACAAUUCAAUUUUGAAUUUUGUUUUUUAACAAACAGCAAAUCAGAAUUGUCACUUGCAGCGUAAAUCCAGCCUUUUUUGGCCUUUUUUUUUUAUUAUUAUUUGGGCCAUUCGACUGCUCUAGUUCUGCCUGAAUUAUGUGUGUGUGAGUGUUUAAUCAAGUGGAAUGUCUUGAAAAUUAUGUGUGUGAUGCGAGGGCUGAUUGUUUUUUUAUGUCCUGUAUGUCGCAAUGAACACAAUCCAGUGUUAUGAACGUUUUUGGGGGGGAAAAAAAAAAAAAAGGGAGGUCGCCGCUUAUUGGGUUGACAGAAUGUGUUAGUCCGUCGGUGUUUUGAGUUUUUAAAAUGCAACAUAGAAAAACGACACCUCUCUAUUGAAUGCCUUAGUGUCACGCACAACAGAGCUCGGAUUCCCCCUCGCCCCGCACCCCCCACCGUAAUUUUGGAUCAUUAAUGGAGUUAAUAUUAACAAAUAAUGUAUAUUGGGAUUUUGUUUGUUUAUCUGACACUUUUGGUUAAAUUAGCAAAGGAACAUUAGUGCUGUUCCUGAGAAACGGGCCAAACAUGCGUUUUAAAUGUCGACUGAAACAGUUAAAGCAGUUAAUAAUGAGCUAAUAAAAAAAAAUGACAAAUAAACGUAACAAGAUGGUUAGGAGAAAAACACAUGGCGUUAGUCAUGCUAACAUGUAGCCACCUAGCAUGAUGAUAUCAUGUGACUCACGUCUUCUGUGAUUUGGCAGAUCUACCAAAAGUAAAUACAAAUCAAAUGUGGGCGAUUUUAUUGAUUUAUUUAUUUUCCCCUCAUUUUGUUGGACGAAUUUAGAAAAAUUAUAUUGGCACAGUUUAAAUAUUAGAACAUUAAUAAUUGGAUAUAAAUAUUACAAUUUGUUUUAGUUUCUGACACCUUUGGGUCAUUACACACACCCUGGGUCAAAUUGACCCAUUUUAAAUACUGAUUGAAAUGGUUAAUAUCGAUAUAAACUAUGUUGAUUUCAAUUUCUUUAGUUUCUGACACUUUUGAUCAUUGCACAAACCCUGGGUUAAACUGACCCGGGAAUGUUAUUUGUUGUUCCUGUGAAACAAAUGUAACAAAAGAGUGAAAAAAUUAAAAAAAAAAGGUGUCCGUCAGUCAGUAUUGCUAACGUGUAGCCGCCUCGCAUUGUGACAAGCUAAGGCUUAGUGCAGUUUUGACAAAAAUGCAUCAAAAUCAAAUUGUGAUUGGGGGGGGUGCUAAUUAAAAUAAGCAAACGGGGAGGAGGGCUACGUCAGUGUGGGGGGGGGCGAGACAGUGUGUAUGUGAUUGUGUAGUGUAGUCUGGUGCUACGUGACCAUGUUUGACAAAAGUGUGUGUUUAAAAGAAAAUAACAUUUAGAGAAAACGAGUCGGAAUCAGUCAAAGUGAAGUCAGUAUAUAUAUCUAAAUAUAACUAUAGGAAAAGAGCACUGUUUAUAAGUUUGAGGUCUGAAGUCCAAACAGAUUUUUAUUUUGUAUUUCUUUCUCGUGAGCGAGCGAGCGUGUGAGUGAGGAUGACUUGAGCUCCUUCUUUGUUUUGUUUGUCGCUCCAUUCUUUUUGUACAGAUGAAGCUACACGAAAAAAGAGAAAAAAAUGACAAAAAAAGAAGAGGGGCAAACUUUGUAAAAUAUUGUGUCUGUGACUCCUUGUAAAAUAUUUUCAAAUUGUUUAUUACAGAGAAUCAGUUAAUAAAUAAUGUUCAUAUUUUUCACUUCAA